GUCCGUCUGAGAUUCUGGCACAACAUCUAAUCAAACAACUCUCCUGCACCAGGGCAGACUCAAGAAGGAGCAACUCAGGGCAUGAGGUUGGUGGUGCCAGAGGGAGAAAGGGCACCUGACUGGACGGCAGGGGAAAGACCUCGGGCCACCUGGCUGGGCUCAGCUCUUCCUUGAAUUCCUGCUAAGUAGACUAGGAUGGACUACCCUGACUGCAACCUGCCUAUUCCAGGAAGAGACCCAGCCCUUGCUAGGAAGAUGCCUCACCAAAAAGCAGGAAAUGUGCAAGCUGCUGUCCAGAGAGAGGAAGCGCUUACAGAGAAGAAUCACACUCCCUUUGCACUCGUGGGAGGAAGAGGACCCCGGUGCUGCAGCUCUGCUCCUAGGCUUAGGGUAGACAUUCUCAGGUCUGACGGUUUAAGCCCAAGAAUACCCCAAACCGACCAGUGAAGUGGAGACCCAGCUCCAGCCCUGGGCUGAACAUCAAGCCUGGGUGCAUCCUCCCAGCAUGGCCACCAUCACCUCCCCGCUGCCACUCACCACUGAAGAUGUCAGUCCUGAAAACAGCAGCUUCUUCUAUGACUAUGACUACCUUGAUGAGAUGGCCUUCAUGCUCUGCAGGAAGGAUGCGGUGGUGUCCUUCAGCAAAGUCUUCCUGCCGGUCUUCUACAGCCUGAUCUUCCUGUUGGGCCUAAGUGGGAAUCUCCUUCUUCUCGUGGUUCUGCUUUGGUAUGUGCCUCGUCGGCAGAUGGCUGAGGUUUAUCUGCUGAACCUGGCCAUCUCCAACCUCCUGUUUGUGGUGACACUGCCCUUCUGGGGCAUCUCCGUGGCCUGGCAUUGGGUCUUUGGGAGUUUCCUGUGCAAAAUGGUGAGCACCCUCUAUACCAUUAACUUUUACAGUGGCAUCUUUUUUAUUAGCUGCAUGAAUCUGGACAAAUACCUGGAGAUUGUCCACGCUCAGCCUUACCACAGGCUGAGGACCCGGGCCAAGAGUCUUCUCCUUGCUGCCAUAGUGUGGGCCCUGGCCCUGGCUGUCUCCAUCCCUGACAUGGUCUUAGUACAGAUGCACGAGAACCCCAGAGGUAUGUGGAACUGCUAUGCAGACUUCACCGGGCACGGAACCACUUGGAAGUUCUUCCUCCGCUUCCAGCAGAACCUCCUCGGGUUUCUCCUUCCACUCCUGGCCAUGAUCUUUUUCUACUCACGCAUUGGCUGUGUCAUGGUCAGGCUGAGGCCCCCGGGCCAGGGCCGGGCUCUAAGAAUGGCUGCAGCCCUGGUGGUAGCCUUCUUUGUGCUGUGGUUCCCAUAUAACCUCACUUUAUUUCUGUACUCACUGCUGGACCUCCAAGUCUUUGGGGACUGCAAGGUCAGCCAGCAUCUGGACUAUGCGCUGCAGGUGACAGAGAGCAUCGCCUUCCUUCACUGCUGCUUCACCCCCAUCUUGUAUGCCUUCUCCAGUCGCCGCUUUCGCCAGUACCUGAAGGCUUUUCUGGCCACUGUGCUUGGACGGCACAUGGCACCUGGCAUGUCCCAGUCUUCAAAGUCUAACUGUUCAGAGAGCAGCAGCCUGACCGCCCAGGAAGAGAUGACUGGCAUGAAUGACUUUGGGGAGAGGCAGGCUGAGAAUUCCCCUAACAACGGGGCCCUGGGGAAUACUUAAGCCUGAGUGACCCCUCCACAGUCUGGUGAGAGGAGAUGGGACCAGCAGUUGUGUUUCCAUUUUAAGUACUCUCUUCAAGGGCCACAGUCAGUUCUCAGCUCUUAACUACCAGCAGCAUUUGCUCUCUCUUACCUUUUCCCUCCACUUUCAACACUUGCUUCCAGAACACCAUCUUGUCUCCUGGAUUGCUGCAUUGGUUUCCCAGCCAACCUCUGUGCUUCCUAGCUCUUGGUCUCCUGUGAUCUAAUCUACACCCAGAGGCCAGAGGAAUCCCAAAGUUCUUGGCCUUCACUUCUACCUCCCUCAGAGCAGCAGCCUAUCAAAACACUAAAUUAUAACAAAUUUAGUUUAAAGAUCUCAGUUGGCUUUAUUUGUGAUUCUAGAAUCAGGCCAUAGAGUUAUUGAAUCAGGAAUAGAUUUAUUUGAUAAAAUAGAAGGAGUGUUCCAAUGAGUUGAGCAGAAGAGUUUGGUUUUAUAAACAGAAAAGGGGUGAAGAAAGCAGAAACAAAGAACAAAAAGUGGCUUGGUCAUCUUGGAGUUACUUUGAAAGGCCCAAGACAGUGGAUGACGUUAGGUUUCCUUAGGUUACUUUUUUGAGGGAUUAAAUCAGAGGUUGCCUUUGAACUAUAAGGUAACACACAACAUAACAAAAUAAAAUAUAACACUGGAGGGAACUUGAUUAAACUGGCAUGUGUAGGAAUUUGGCUGUUAAUGUUCUUUCCCAUUUUUUUUUUUUUGAGACAGAGUCUCAAGCUGUCGCCCUGGGUAGAGUGCUACGAUAUCACAGCUCACAGCAACCUCCAACUCUUGGGCUUAAGUGAUUCUCUUGCCUCAGCCUCCCAAGUAGCUGGGACUACAGGCGCCCGCCACAAUGCCCGGCUAUUUUUUUGUUUGUUUGUUUGUUUUUGCAGUUGUGAUUGUUGUUUUAGCAGACCUGGUCUGGGUUCAAACCUGCCAGCCUCAGUGUAAGUGACUGGUGCUCUACCCAGUGAGCUACGAGUGCCACCCUCUUUCCCAAUCUCUUUCUUUCUUUCUUUUCUUUUCUUUUUUUUUUUUUUUUGAGACAGUCUCAACCUGUCACCCUGGGUAGAAUGCUGUGAUGUCAUAGCUCACAGCAACCUCAAUCUCUUUGGCUGAAGUGAUCCUCUUGCUUCAGUUUUUCUAUUUUUAGUAGAGACAGGGUCUUGCUUUUUGCUCAUGCUGGUCUUGAACUCCUGAGCUCAAGCAAUCCGCCUGCCUUGCCUUCCAGAGUGCUAGGAUUACAGGUGUGAGCCACUGCACCCAGCCUUCUUUUCCAAUUUCUUCAAGGUCAGAUAACAACUCAGUUUUGGUUUGGUAAUGUGAAACUUUAAUACGAGUGACUCCAUUUUGUUUGGGUCUGGUCUACUGGAGCCUAGUGCAGGAGCUCAGUCCAAAACAAUGGACAAGCCUGAACCCAGGCUUUCCCAUGCACUUCUGACCUAGCCUCUGUUUCUCAAAUAUUCCAGGAACAUCCCCCUAGGGUAUUCCAGCUGUGCCCUAUUCUUGGACUGCUCUUCCCCAGGUGUCUGCUCAGGUGACUCCCUGAGUCCUUCAGUCCCUUACCUCUUUGCCUCCUCACAGCCCAGGAACACUGCAGUCUGCCAGCCUCAGGACCUUUCAGGUCUCCCCGGAUCCUGCACAAUCAAGUCCAAAACCUUUGUCUGAUUUCAAGGGUAGGGAUUGUGCAGUAGCAUCCCAUCCAUCCUCCAGCUCUCAGAUUCCUCCAUUUCCUUAUCAUUUCCUGACACCAGGCACCCUUAUCACUUCCCUGCACGUUCCCCACUCUGGGCCUUUGUUCUUGUGGGCUCCCCCAUGUGGUUGGGACCGGUCAGGUUCCCCCAUCCUGAUCUAACUGAAUCUGGCUUACUCUGAGAAACCAUUCCUUGGUCACUCUGCCCUGCGCUUUGGGUAACACAGUCACCAGCUUGUGUUCCCCCAGCCACAGUGAUUCUUUUAGGGGUGAGCACGCCACCCAGGCAGAGCCAGUGAAAUGGAAUGCGACUAGCGCAUGCUGGAACAGAGGCACGAAACUUAAGCUGAGCGGGGGUGAGAUCUGGAGCUUCUCCUUUAUCAAUCCAAACUUCCAAAGAUGAUGGGGGUGGCACCAGCUCCUGAGCAGCUCCUGAGGACAGCAUUUGAACCUCAGAAUCAAGGCCCAGCUGAAGCUCAUCCCAACCCUGGACUCAACCAUGAACCAAUAAAGUCCUUUCCAGUGUAGUGUGGGGUCACGUUUUGUUACUUGCAACCUAAAGAUUCCCGACUGACAUUCUCUGCCUGGGUGCUUCUCUCUUCAUAUCUCUUCAUCCUCCCUGCCCCUGACAUGUCCACUGACCUUUCCCCAGAGAGCCCCCAGCCACAGUGACAUCUCCUUCUCUCAAGCUUCUGAGGCUCUCACUGCUCUUCCCCACUCAUAGGACCACCUGGUGUAAUCUGCCACAUCUUUGCUCGUCUGUCCUGCACAACCAGACACAGCCCCGCACAAGGGUGGAUGGAAUAGAGGACAGGAGGACAGAGGGCUGGGUGCGCGUAAGCUCCAGAGCAGGGACUUUGUCCCGUGCACACCCUUUGUCUCCCUAGAAUGUAGGAGAUGUCAUUAUUUUCUGAAUGCAUGUUUGAUGGACAGAGGAGAGAGCAGGUGGCCAGUAUUCUGUCCACUCUUUCUUUUCUCCUCCUGGACUUAAGAUGGCUUCAUCACAGUGCAUGUGUCAAGAGCCCAGCUGUCCCUUGAUGUUGGCUGAGUUACCUUUGGUGUUUUUCAAACACUGUGUCUUCCACACCCCCAUCUCUCUCAGCUCUGGAGCCUUUAGUUCUCUCUCCCUAAGGCCCCAGCUUCGCCCCUGCCAGGACUGACUCCGAGCUCCCUCAGUCCCCAGGGAAAUGAAGCUCUAGAUCUGAGGGUGGCUAUUUGUUUGAGGACAUUGAGGACAUAGAUGUGAACAGGGACUUCUGUUCUUGUGCCAGGCUGGCUGGUGAGAUACAGCCUGGGGCCUAACAACAGGACCCAGGUGCCCGGAGGCCCUGACUGUGCCAAGAUAAGGCAAGGUGUGCCAGGCAAGUAAUGCCUGGCAGGGCCUGUCACAGCAGCACUGGUAGAUGUGUGUGUGCACGUGUAUCUGUCUGGGAAGUCUGUGCACACGUGUCUGUGUUGCCGUAUGGACUGUGCACAGUAUAUAUGGCUAUGUAUGUGGAUCUGAUAUGAAUGUGUCACUGUGUCCAAGUGGAUCUGGAUAUUUGCCCAUGGAUUUCCUAUAUGUCUUUGUGUGUGUGUAUGUGUGUGAGUGUGUACUCCUUGCAAAAGACCAGUGUAUGAUAAUUGGUUCCCUGAAGCUCAUGCCCAAAAGAGAGGGGAAGGGCUGGCUGCAGGUGCCCAUUGUUCCCUCUCACUCUCUUAGGUGCCCUGUACAGCAGCUUGCCAGCCCUCACAGCCCAGGCCAGCAGAGCUUCCUCCACCCUGAUCUCACUUCCCAGCCUGGGCCUUGGUCCCUGCUGCUGCUCACUGUCUGCCCAAAAGUCUGGCAAGGUUUGGCUUUCUGACUACAUUGCCCAAACCUUUCCCAGGGAUCUUGGGAGCUGCCAGAAUUUUCCAGACCCUUAGGCUCAGAGGCAAGAUGGGCUCUUCCCUAGGUAAGGCUGCUGCCCACCCUUGAUUCCAUGAAACAUGAUGUGAGUGUUUACAGCAGUUACUCCCUAUGGGAAAAAAAUCUUUCCUUUUUCCCAGGUGCCUAAAAUCCCAACCACUGGAGAGGCACCCUGAUCUGGCUUUGCUAUAAACUAUCCUUGGAGAGAAUACAUUUUGUAGGCUUUCUACCUAGGUCCUGACGAGGAAAGAGGUGAGAGGGAGAAAAGAUUUGGUGCAUAAAGGAGGGGCUGAGAGACAGAACUGCUGGGUGGGGCAGGUUGUGACCAGAGGCAACCUUGGGAGUUGCAGUCUUUCUGCUGCCUUGAAACCCUGCCAAAACUGUUUGCAGCAGUCUUCACACAGGGCACAGAGCCACAGGGGCCGUGGGCCCCUCCCCUGCCAGCAGGUGGGCUAUGCUGCACACCCCAAUGCUGAGGUUCUCACUGCUUCCUGGGAUGGACAUCACUGAGUGUGGGGUGGUGCCCUUGUGAUUACCUCUCCCCCUUUCCCACUAAGGCUUAACCUCUGGGGUUCUCAAGCAGGCCUUAGUGUUCAUGAAAUUCCCUGGAGAUCUGCGCAAGUCACUCCCAGUUGAGAAUUUUUGGUCCUGACUUAGGGGACUCAGGCCUUCAGCCCGGCCCCAGCCAAUCCACAGGUUAGCCUCCUGGUCUGUAUUCCCUUAGACGUGGGGAAAAGGAAGGAAAUAGCACUGAGGUCUGAGCAAGGCCAAGGAGAUGUGUGAAGGCCCCAUUCCCUUAAUCCCACUCCCAUUGGACUGGGCACAGGGCCUGGCUGUGUGGGGAGGUUGUUGGUAAGCUUUCAUAGACAACACCCUGCAUUCUAGCCCCCUUCUCCCCUCUGUGCCCCUGACUAAGUCUUCUUGUGCUCCUGGCCCUUGUGGAAUAGGCUGUGGUAUCCUAGUUUCUCCCGGCCCAGCAGAGCUCUGUCAGACUCCAGGCAGACAUCAGCAUUUGGGGCUGCUAACAUGAGCGGAAGGAAGGCCCUGGCUCAGGAGCACACAGCUAUCUGAGGACAGACUUCUGCCUGAUCUCAGGCCCCUGCCCACUCUAAUGAUCUACUGUCCUGGAAAACUCAGGGCUGAACAGGCAGCCUCAGCAGAAAGGAAGGGGCCAGGAAGAGAUGCAGAAUAGGUGUAGCAGAGAGAAGACCCCCUGGCUGGUCCUUGCUACUUCGGCCCACCUUCUCUAAGAUCCUCUCUCUAACUCCAAUGGGGUGGGCAGGCAAGGCCUGGAUCAUUCCCCUCUGGUCCCAGCCCUACCCAGGAGCCUGACGUCAGCCAGCUGCAGCUCUGACAGCAACACCUCUCAUCUUCUUGCCAGCCCUGAUAAGCAGGAUGGCAAUGGGGAUUGUCUCCAUUUCAUAUGACAGAAGGCUUAGGCCAAGGAGGGGCAGGAAAUGAUUUGGGGACAGGAAAUAAAUUAGCUGAGACUGAAAGUCAGUUCUUACAAUUUAAUCUCCACUUAGGAAAUAGGGGCUCAGAGAUGAAUGAAUGAUGCUGUGCCCUCAUGGGCUCUAGCCGGCGGUGGGGGAAGGAGGAGGAAACCAAGACACAGAGAACAA